AUGGCGUGCACCCCCCUGCUUAGCGAAGAGGACCUUUACCGGUUCCGCACAAAGCAGUGCCUGCGGCUGGCCAAGGGGGGGUGCGAAUUCGGCCUGGAUCGAUGUCAGUACAGUCAUAGCGCAGAGUGGAUCAGGAGGUGCCCGUACUACAUCUCCCUGCCGUCUUACCUGAGGUACAUCCCUGUGCCAUGCCCCUUUUUUGUGAAAAAGGGAAAACAGACUGACCAGGAUGAAGAACACCGAAACAUCAUUUUCAGAAACUCCCUAUUCCUCACAAACAACGAUGGAAGUGUGAACAAUAACUUUUACAAAUAUAUUGAGGAGAAAAAUCAGAGCAAGUGUCCCUUAGGUGUUGAAUGUCCACUGGCUCACAGCACAGAAGAAAUCGAUUACCACCCUCUGCUGUAUAAAACGAAGAGAUGUGAAGAUUAUAUGCAAGCCAAAUGUAAUAGGUACUAUUGCCCUAAUUUACAUGGCCUAGCGGAACAGAGAAAAGUGAAGGAGUAUUUUAUCGCCUUCUGCAGCAAGAUAGACAUCCCCCCAUACCCUAACGUUACCGUAGUGAGUAAAAUUCAAUAUGGUUCGUUUAAGGGUCAGAAUCAGGGGAGGACAACUGCGAGGAAGACUACCUCAGCACAGCAAGAGGGUAACUCCUCUUCGCUGUACUUUAGCUACUCACAUGAGAAAAAUAAUCAUUCUCAUAGGGGUGGAAACAGAAUGACAACUUCCAACGGGAACAGAAGUGUCGACGUUAAGUAUGACUCGAUUAGAAACCCCUACUAUGAGACGGAACUCUCCUUUCACGACUCGCCUAGCCAUGCCAAAAGACGUAGCACAUACUGCUAUGAUCACCACUUUGCUACCUGCGAGAAGAACUUAACAGGAGAGAAAAAAAAAAAUUCCAUUUUCUCCUACCUCAAUAAUUAUGACUAUAAGUACACCUUAUAUUUGCACAUUUUGAAAAAGUUUGUGCACCUCUUCGAUUUGGACAUUUCGGACAUGGACACGGGGGUGCACCUGCCGGGCCAGUCGGCAAGCCGCGUUAGCAGCCACGUCACCAACCACUUGGGGGGCCCCUUCGACAGCCACUUCUUCCGGAGCGACCCUGGAAAGAACCCCUCCAAUGUGACCCUCUCCGAUCAUGAUGCUACCCCCAUUUGGAGCAGCAACCUAGGGAGCCCUCCCAAAGAGGACAUCCAGCUGCACUUCCCAACCCACAACGACUACAACUCGCUGCAACAAACCACGGACAACAUCUUCCUGAACAAAAAAUAUUGUCACAUUCUGAAUCAUAUACUUAACAGAAACCUAGAACUUACGAAAAAUAAAAUCAGAGAGAAGAACCACUCGGCUAAGAGUAGCUACACCGAUAUGGAGAACCUGCACAAGACCACCUCCAACGAUAGCAACAAUGUCCGCGCGUCGUUUACUCAAGAUUGGGGAAGCCAGAUCAUGGCCCCCGAGGAGGGCGACAACGAAACCUACGAAAGCUUUCUAAAUUUACUCAUCCAUGUACUGUGUUUGCUUUAUUUCACCACCGACUCCAGGGCGCACUCAUCCUUCGAUCUUUACACGCACGACCUGGCCAAGCGGCUUCACUGUGAGAGUAAAAAAAUGAGGGACAUCAGCGUGGAGAAGUACAUCGCCAGUGGCGUCAAGGAGCUCAUUUAG